CGAUACCGAUGGCGACGAGAGCUCCGCCAUUGUUGCUGUGCUUGUGUCUCUGCCUCGCUUCUUGCUCCAGCUCCCGGUCGGAGGAGCUCGCAGCUGCCGGCGUCACCGGCAAUGGCUACUACCGGACCGAGGCGUUCCUGGUGGACGAGGAAGGGAGGCGGCUCCGCGCCGAGCUCGCCGCCGUCGCAGGCGCCGGCGGCGGGUCCACGGCGUACGGCGACGACGCGCAGAGGCUAGACGUGUAUGCAAGCCUGGAGACGGACAGCCGGCUGCACGUCCGCAUCGCCGACGCCGGCCGCCCGCGAUGGGAGGUUCCCCAGGACGUCAUCCCGCGCCCCACGCCGGAGUUCUUCCUCCAGACGUCGCAUCCGGGACCCCCUGUCGUCUCCACCGCGUCCUCCGACCUCGCCUUCGCCCUCCACACCUCCCCGUUCCGCUUCACCGUCUCCCGCCGCUCCACCGGCGACGUCCUCUUCGACACCUCCCCAAGCCUCGUCUUCAAGGACCGGUACCUCGAGCUGACGUCGUCGCUGCCGGCCGACCGGGCGUCGCUCUACGGCCUCGGCGAGCACACCAAGCAGACGUUCCGGCUGCAGCGCAACGACACCUUCACGCUCUGGAACUCCGACAUCGCCGCCGGCAAUGUCGACCUCAACCUCUACGGCUCCCACCCGUUCUACAUGGACGUGCGGUCCGCGCCGCCCGGUGGCGGCGCCGGCGCCGGUGCCGCGCACGGUGUGCUCCUACUCAACAGCAACGGCAUGGACGUCAUCUACGGCGGGUCCUACGUCACCUACAAGGUGAUCGGCGGCGUGCUUGACUUCUACUUCUUCGCCGGCCCGUCCCCUCUCGCCGUCGUCGACCAGUACACGCAGCUCAUCGGCCGUCCCGCUCCCAUGCCCUACUGGUCAUUCGGGUUCCACCAGUGCAGGUGGGGGUACAAGAACGUGUCAGACCUUGAGGGCGUCGUCGCCGGCUACGCCAAGGCGAGGAUCCCACUUGACGUGAUGUGGACGGACAUCGACUACAUGGACGCCUUCAAGGACUUCACGCUGGAUCCGGUGAACUUCCCGGCCGACCAACUCCGGCCGUUCGUCGACCGCCUCCACCGCAACGGCCAGAAGUACGUCGUCAUCAUUGACCCAGGGAUCAGCGUGAACAAGACGUACGGCACGUUCAUCCGAGCGAUGCAGCAGGACGUCUUCUUGAAGUGGAAUGGCAGCAACUACCUCGGCGAGGUGUGGCCGGGGAAGGUCUACUUCCCGGACUUCCUCAACCCGCGCGCCGCCGAGUUCUGGGCGCGGGAGAUCGCCGCGUUCCGGCGGACCAUCCCCGUCGACGGGCUGUGGAUCGACAUGAACGAGAUCUCCAACUUCGUCGACCCGCCGCCGCUCAACGCGCUCGACGACCCGCCGUACCGCAUCGACAACUCCGGCGUGCGCCGCCCCAUAAACAACAGGACGGUGCCGGCCUCCGCGCUGCAUUACGGCGGCGUGCCUGAGUACGACGCGCACAACCUCUACGGCUUCCUCGAGGCGCGCGCCACGCACACCGCGCUGCUCCGGGACACUGGCCGCCGGCCGUUCGUGCUGAGCCGCUCCACGUUCGUCGGCUCCGGCAAGUACACCGCGCACUGGACCGGCGACAACUUCGCGACGUGGGACGACCUCCGCUACUCCAUCAACACAAUGCUCAGCUUCGGCCUCUUCGGCAUCCCCAUGGUCGGCGCCGACAUCUGCGGCUUCGCCGGCGACACCGACGAGGAGCUCUGCAGCCGCUGGAUUCAGCUUGGCGCUUUCUACCCGUUCUCGAGGGAUCACUCGGCGCUCGGCACCGUCCGGCGAGAGCUGUACCUGUGGGAGUCGGUGGCGCGGUCUGCGAGGAAGGCGCUCGGGCUGCGCUACCGGCUGCUCCCCUACAUCUACACGCUCAUGUACGAGGCGCACGUCACGGGCGCGCCCAUCGCGCGGCCGCUCUUCUUCUCCUACCCCGGCGACGUCGAGACGUACGGCAUCGACAGGCAGUUCCUGCUCGGCCGCGGCGUGCUCGUGUCGCCGGUGCUCGAGCCAGGCGCCACCACCGUCACCGCCUUCUUCCCGGCCGGCCGGUGGUUCAGCCUCUACGACUACUCCCUCGCCGUCUCCACCAAAACCGGCAAGCGCGUCACGCUGCCCGCGCCGGCCGACACGGUGAACGUGCACGUCGCCGGCGGCAACAUCCUGCCGCUGCAGCAACCCGCACUGACGUCGUCGCGCGUGCGGCAAAGCAUGUUCCACCUCCUGGUCGCGCUCGCCGACGACGGCACGGCCAGCGGGGACCUCUUCUUGGACGACGGCGAGUCACCGGAGAUGGUCGGCGCGCGGAGCAGGUGGAGCCACGUCAAGUUCAGCGGCGCGACCGAGGACGGCGGCGUGGUCAGAGUCCGGUCGCACGUGGUGCACGACGCCUACGCGCCGAGCCGGACGCUGGUCAUCGGCAAGGUGGUGCUCACGGGCCUGCAGUCGCCGGCGCCACCCAAAGGGUUCGCCGUUCAUGUCAACGGCGUCCCGGUGAACGCGAGCACGGCGGCCGGCAGCGCCGCCGGCGACGCAAAGAACGGAGCGCUGGGCACCGUGCAUGUCGGCGGGCUGUCACUGGCCGUCGGGCAGGAGUUCGAUCUGAAGCUCGUGAUGACCUAUUAAACCAUAAAAUUCGAGCAUUAGUCGGCAGCCUAUAUACAGCUAAAACUUUGGUAAUAAUGAAUGCUUUAUGUAGAGAUGGAAAUAAAAAUAUUUAUUAAAUUACAUUUUGCACCGAGCUUGAUUAUAUCUUGUUUCAUUUUACACCAGGCUUAAUAUAUGUUUUCACAUAGCACCAGGAUAUAUUUAAAUACACUUGAAUUUGUACUAGGUUCUGUCAUAUAAUUCGAUGGAAAUCUUGUAAA